AUGACCACCUUCUUGUUGCAACAAUGGAAGAACCGUGUUGGGGGACCUCAGGAUCCAAGUAAGUCGUUUCAUUUUCGAAACGAACAUUAUUAUUUCAGUCUGAUGAUAUGACUUUUCAGCUCCAUUUAUGCUCGCCUUGGCCAGUGAGAAAACCUCUUCUCAGGAGAAGGAAUUUAUUAUAAAUGCCUUCGAUGAUUGGGAUAUUCUGACUUCUACUUGGUUUGAAGUUGCAGAUUAUCUAUCUAUUAUUGAACGUCUAGCUGAAGAUAACAGCUUUAAAGAACGACAGCGAGCUUUCCUUUUAGCAUCGAAGGUGGCUUAUUGUCUUGGAGAUUACAACUCAGCUCUCCAAUUGGCUUUGAAUGCCGGAGAAUUGUUUAGUCUGACCCCCAGAAAAGCCUCUUUGCUUCUUGGACCUCAAGAUGAUCUGGUAAUAUUUGCCCUUGAUUAUAGUAUUGUUGUUUAGUAUGUGGAUAAGAUUGUGGAGCAAGCUCUGGAUGAGUACAAGGUGUCCAGACGGACCGGGGUAAUGGUGAAUUCUUCAUUAGAGGCCUUGAUCAAUCGUAUCUUUGAAAAGACGUUGGCCAAUCGCGAGUAUCGUUUUGUGAUUGGUCUCGCUUUGGAUACCAGAAGGAUCGACAUGAUGGAACGUGCUGUUAAGGCUGCGGAAGACCAAACUUCGGUUCUCACCGAGACCGUUGGAAAGAUCUUGGAAUCUCAAUUAGAUCGCAAGUUUAGAGGCCAGGCGCUUGAUUCUGUCUUCCGUUUGUUCUCGGAAAUGAAAGAGCCAGACUUCGUGAGCAUGUGUCAAUGCUUGAUCAAAUUGGAGAAACCGGAAGAUGUUUCUGGAAUUCUGAGGAGACUGUUGGCUAAUAAUGUAAGAUAUGGCGUUUAUAUAAUUUUAUUGCCAUGUAGAACGAACUGUUGGCCUUCCAAAUUGCUUUCGAUUUGUACGAAAAUGCCAGUCAGCAAUUUAUCCGGGAGAUCGAAAAGGCUUUAAUUCCUGAGUCUAAGCAGGAAACCUCUGAAUCUAAUGGAAAUGAGGCGACAGAGGAAAGUACCUCUUCAGAUACCUCCAGUGAGGAUGCCACAUCAACAACUGCAUCGUGAGUUUUGUUAAAUAAUAUGUCAGGAAUUAAAAUUUACCUGUGACUGCUUUUAUUUUUUAGAUAUGAUUCUUUGACCGAUAGACUAAAGAGAAUUCUGAGAGGAGAGGAAACAAUUAAGCAUCACAUGCAGUUCUUGAUCAAAAACAAUCACACCGAUAUGCUUAUUCUGAAGCAAAUAAAGGAUUCGGUUCGUACGGCUUCUACUCACAACGGUACUGUGAUUGCAAAUGGACUUAUGCAUGUCGGAACUACUUGUGAUGACUUUUUAAGAGACAACCUCGAAUGGAUUUCUAAGGCUACGAAUUGGAAUAAGUUCAAUGCUGUGGCUACUUUGGGAUUAAUCCAUAGAGUAAGCUUUGUAUGAGGAUUAUAUUUCAGUUUUAUUUUAUUUUUUACGCCUUUUAAUUUCAGGGACACGAAUCAAACGCUUUGAAAUUGCUCGACCCAUAUCUUCCCAAAGGAGAUGUCGAUCAGUUCGGAUACAAGGAGGGAGGAUCUCUUUAUGCCUAUGGUCUGAUCCAUGCCAAUCACGGAUCACCUGAUGCUAUCACCUACCUCCGAGAUCAACUGACAAAGGCCGCUACUGCAUCCGUUAGACACGGAGCCUGUCUUGGUUUGGGGUUGGCGGCAUUGGCUACUCAUGACGAAGCUAUCUAUCAACAACUACGUGACACCCUUUACCAAGAUGAUGCUGUCACUGGCGAGGCGGCAGGAACUGCUAUGGGCUUGGUUAUGGCGGCUUCAAUGAACCAGCAAGCCUUUAAUGACAUGAAGACAUAUGUAACUGAAACCCAACACGACAAGAUCCAGAGAGGAUUGAGAACUGGAAUUGCCAUGUUGGCCUACGGAAGAAUGGAAGAAGCUGAGCCGUGGGCUGAAGAGUUGUUGGAAAACAAAUCGAACGCCAUUCUGCGACAGACUGGAGUUUGUAUGUUGGCUAUGGCUUAUGCUGGUUCUGGGAAGGCUGAUGUGGUCAGAAGACUUUUAUCCAAAGUGGCAGCCGACCCCAACCACGAUGUUAAGAGGUUUGCAGUCAUUGCCGUUGGAUUCGUAUUGAGCAAGUGAGUGGUUUUAUAAAUUUAUUAGGUUAGCGUUUUGUAUAACAGAAUUAUGACCGGUAGGAAAUAUAGGAAGGCGUUCUCCUAAAAAGAAGUUAUUAAGCCAAAUCGCAGAAAGAAAUUGGGCUAAGGUUUGACUUACUGUGGACUAUUAGUAUCCGAGUUUCGUCGUGUUUUCGGGUAGUCGACACUCAAACGUCUCUGAAUUGUCACCUCAUCAUGGCUAUGUUGUGUUCGCAGUUGGUGUCUUUGUUUUUGGUCAUUUUUAUUGGGCACACAGAGAGUUGUUGUCGUACUAAGUGAAUUAUUUCCGUUGAGGGCAGCCACACUUUCUUUGUGUUGAUACGAUUUCUCCAUACAUGACCUAAAUUGUCUAUGGUUAAUGAAUAUAGAGAUAAAACGAAAAGCAUGUUUUCGGGGCCGAAGCGUUUUUUGUUCAGCUGGGCCCUUCAAUGCUUACCAUGUGGGGUCCGUCGCGAGGUAUACUUGACUUCUGGUGUAUGUAUUCUCUACUCCAGAAGAUAGACAUUUGCACUUGAUGAUCUUGAUAAACGCUUCUCGGAAACGUCUGUUGAAAAUUGUGUAGAUUACUGGGUUCAAAGUGCUACUCAAAUAGCCUAGCCAGAGAAUAAUCGACCCAAUUCUGGGAGGCACAGAACAGGUGCUUCCACAGAAUCCCAGAGUGAAAUUCAUGAUGAAAAACGGAGUCCAGCAUGUAAAGAAACAAGUAAAAACCACUGCUAACACUCGGCUCGCCUUGUGUUCGUUGGCUAGCUCAGUGCUUGUCGUUAUCUCUUGGUUCUUUUUUCGAAUAAUCUGAAGGUGAUUUCGAAAUCGGUUGAAUUGAGUUGUUAUCCUUGUUGAUCUCCUUUGGAUCUUUUCGCUGAUAGUUUUCCUUGAUUCUUUAUAUUGAUCAUCAUUGUCGUUGUUUAUUUUGAAUUGAUCGAUGAGUGGAUCGGCUUCGUUUUCUUGGGCUUUCCUCUCAGAAUCCGAGAUAUUUUUGUUUUUAAUUGAAUCUUGUCUGUUCGUAAUUGAUGUCUUUGCCAAGGGUGACAUUUCCAAUGCUCCUUUUCUUUGUCCUUUCCUCUGGGUGCCAUUGACCGACUCGGCUCCGUUUAUUGAGGCGGAGCUCGCGCCGCCGAUUUGUCUGGAAUUGGCGAAUUUAAUGUUGUUGAAUGGGCUUACCGGGUCUUGGCCGUUCUCUUUUUGCUCAUGAUGGUUCGUCUGAGUCCUUGAUUAAACCCAUCAACUGGUUUGAGAGCCAAUGUGCUUGCUUGUUUGUUUAACAAUUGGGUGGUCUUUGUGAACGUGACAGUCAUGAUAAUAAAUGGGAUCAGAAAUGCCAAGAUGGAGCCAUAUAUCAUGUAAUGUUGGCUUCUAAUAGUGCAUACAUUGUCAUGCAGUAUAGUAGAGGGGUCAUGGAAGGCAAGGACAGCUAAUGGGCUGGAUAUAAUUAUGGUUCCAAUCCAUACAAAACAUAUUUUAAUAGCGACCACGGUCCUGGACUUAUUGCGAUUCUUGAGCGGCCGAGAGAUACCCAAGUAUCUAUCCAAUGAAAUCACUGAUAUGUGUACAAUACUCGCAGAACAUAAAAAUACAUCGGCGUAUGUAUAAACAAAGCAAAGCCAGAAACUCCACUUCCACAUCCCUUGUUGAACUUCAACCAAUAUGGCCAAAGGCAUGACAAUGCUACAUACAAGUAGAUCUGCCAUCGCUAAAGAUAAUAGGAAAUAGUUGGUCACAUUUUGAAGCCGUCGGUCCAUUCCGAUCGCGAUACAAACCAUGAGGUUACCAAAGAAGCCAACGGCACAAAAGAAUGGCAACACAAGAAGGGCUGCAACAUUAUGUUUGUUAGCUUGGAUUGGAUCCAUAAUCACAUCAAGUGACCGCAAGAAUGGAUUUCUGAAUAGCGAAGUCGAGAACUAGCCAUAAUAUUGAAAAGUAAUUGGUCUGAGAAUCGUCAGAUCUGAUCUUUUUGUUCUGGAAUCGGAUGGGAUCUGGGCAAACCGGCGGCCUUGAAACUUUUAAAUCACCAUCUUUUCUCCAUUCCAAGGUCGGCCAGGACUAAACUGGUGGCUCUGAAAUCAUAAUAAAAAUGAAAAUUUUGGUUAUUAAAGAGCGGUUUUGCACGAAAAAUGGGUUUUCACGCCCAAAAAACAUUCCUCCGGCUCCACUCCCCCGGAACGCAUUGUGAGUGAAGAAUUCGAAGAUUUGAUAAGCGAAGGGAAGGCCAGACGCGGCCAGGAAGUUACUUGAAUAUGAAAAUAUGAAAAAUGAUCGAAGAGCGAUGACUGUACUUCAAAACGCAACUUUCUGCUUAAUGUAAAAACGUCAUAGGACACGAAAAAGAUUUUGUUACUACGAGACUUUGAUCUGGAAGAUUUGUGAGAAAAAAUGGAAGCCGCUCUCAGAUUUCUGAACGGCUUCAUGAAUGGGGACGCGAGAGGCAAGAAGAAAGAUCGGUCUGCCCUCAUCUCACCCAGCAUCGCUUUUGAACUCCACGUUUUGUCUUAAAGCGGGGCGUUCAUUGCCUCGGGAUUCUUUGUCUGAACCCACGAAAUCCUCGCGCCUUAAGAUUCCCUCAGGCUUCUUCAUAGGCCCCAUUCUGUCGCUUGAGACUGGAACGCUAAGCAACGGACCGGAAAAGAAUUGCCCCGUCACCGGUGAUGCACCUAAAGGAGUUUCUUUGUGUCCGACGCUCUCAAAUCUUGUUAAGAUUUGAGCUCUUAGCCACUAUUUAUUUCUUGUAUUUUGGAAGAAUACAGCGCGCCGAGAUAUGAGUUCUAUGAACGUUUGGCCUAAAACUAAAUCUCUUAUUUUCAGCGAUCCGGAGCAAUGCCUCAGUUACACUGGCAUGCUGGUCGAGCACUUUAAUGGCCAUGUUCGUUACGGUGCCGCCAUAGCUUUGGGCCUUUCUUGUGCUGGAACGGGUCAUAAGGUAAGUAUAGGAAGAUAACUCAUAUCCGCAAAAUUUUUGGGAACGAGAAAAGGAAAUGGGUUAUGGGAGGCUUGAAUGACUGGCCAAUAACCGUGAUGGCCAAUUGUUAUGAUGAAGGGCGGCUGAUGGUGAUAAGAAUGCUUAUUAAAAACGCAUAAAUCCUAGUUUAUGUGAGAAAAUGAGCGGCGCUGAAAGGUCAGAGAAGCCUGUGAUUUGAGGCUGACUUCUAGCACGGCCUGCCUGAAAGGCUUAAUCUAGGAAUUAGUUAUUGGCACAUUAACUCUACGACCGCCAAAGGCAUUUCCCGAGAAUGACUUUGAGCCAUGAACGGGGGUCUCCUUUUUUGAGUUUUUUCCACCCCUUGAGGCGGAUAAAUCAAUGAAACAGCCAGGCCCGCACAUAAAGUCCGUGAUUAGUGGCUACUGCAAAAUUGCGGUGCACCACGCCCAUUCAUUCACCAGUGUUGAUGAAAUCCAUGAGGCAAAAGGUACGAGCGCGACGAACAUUUGUGAAUAAACAAGUGAGGUCACGUAUAGAACAUUAUACGACCUUUCCACUACACAUCAGAUCCGGCUAAAAUUGAUGUAACUAUAAGGUGUUCCCACGCCUUUUCGACCUGUCCAACUUUGUGUUUGCUUUUAUAUAUCCACGUGAACUUGGAGUCGAAUAAUAGUGAUAUAAUUUCAGGGAGCUAUUAGUGUCUUGGAGCCUUUAUUGUCAGCCAAAGAGAACUUUGUUCGGCAAGGUGCGGUUAUUGCGUUGUCCUUUGUUUUGAUUCAACAGACCGAGGCAGCAUGCCCGAAAGUUGCCGAGUUCAGGAAAACAAUUAUGAAAAUGAUUGUGGAGAAGGGAGAAGACUCAAUAACCAAGGUUUGUUGUCUUACAAUUUUACGUCCGAUUUGAUUAUUUUUCCUGUUUUCAGUUUGGAGCCAUCUUGGCGCACGGUAUUUUGGACGCUGGAGGUCGCAAUGUGACCAUCUCCUUGCAUAACAGGAAUGGACAUUCGGAUAUGCCUUCCGUCGUUGGGUCCUUCGUCUUCCUUCAGCAUUGGUACUGGCAUUCGUUUUCCCACUUUGCCUCCCUUGCUUUCCGCCCAACUUGUUUGAUCGGAUUGAACAAUACAUUACAGGUAUGUGGUCGUUGAACUUCACGCUUACGGUGUGAUGUUAAUUGACUGAUUUGUUUCCAGAUGCCGAAGACUCAGUUCCGUUGUAAUGCCAAGCCAUCGUUGUUUGCAUACCCACCACCAUUGGAGGAAAAGAAGAAGGAGGAAAGCGAAAAGGUCGAGACCGCCGUGCUCUCUAUUACCAACAAAAAGAAACAACAUAAACGCAGCGCGGAUAAGGAAAAGGAUCUUACCAACAUAACUACUUCCAAGGAUACUACUUCUACCGGUUCAAAGGAGGCCCCAAAAACUGAUGAAUUAGAGAAAAUGGAGAUCGACGAAGAGACAACCAAGAAGGAGAAGGUCGAGGAAAAGUAAGUUACAAGUGAUAAUAAAUAGAAAAGACCCGGAGGUGUGUGGAAAGCUGCAAUAAAACGAUGAUUCCUCUAGGGAACGGCACAUAUGGCCUGAAUUUUUUGGGCUUGCAACAAAAAAUGUAUUGGAAAGUUGAUAAAUAGAGAGUCCAAAAAGUAAAGGAUCUGGUUGAUCACCGGGAGAAAGUUGCGCUAUAGUCCGUUUUUGGUCAAACGAUUACGAAAACCGAAGAACAAGAAAAUUGAACGUCACAGUUUGAGGAAAUGUUCUGCAUUUUUGUUUCGAGGAGUUCUGGACGGCGCUCAUCAAAUUGCGGACUACGUUUGGGACGUUUCAAAAAAAUAAUUCACGAAAAAUUAAAGGGGAACCCCCAUACUUUAUUCGUACUAACACGCACUUCGAAUGUAGAGUGGAUGGGGUCUCUAAAGCUGCUCAAAGUUAUUAAGAAUUUUAUUGUUUUCUUGCAGGAAGGAGCCUGAACCCAACUUCUUUCACCUCACAAACCCCAGUAGAGUGAUACGCCCUCAACUGAAGACUUUGGCCUUAGCUGAAAAUUCCCGUUAUCAGCCCUUGAAAGCCCUUUCCAAUGGUGGAAUCAUUCUUCUCCGAGAUCUGAGACCAACUGAAAAAGAAGAAAUUGUGGAAUUGUCCGCCGCCGGAGGGUCUACUUCAGACGGCUCUUCCUCCAGCAACUCUGAAGCCCAGCCCCCUGCCACCUUCGAAUUUAACCUAAAGGCCUACUAA